AUGUCUCCGCCGCCCCAGUCGCUCAGAAGCCCUGACGGCGUCUCCCUGACAUGGAUCUUCGACCACUGCCUCCGCUACCCAGGCUCUUAUGAAAUCCCCCUCCGCGACAUGUAUGCCCUCAACUGCCACCCCACCAAGUCCUACCUGCCCGGCAGCAGCUCGCCGGAAACCGCCUUCAGCUCGCGCAACUCGACCUCAACUCGAUCCUCGGCCUCUUCCCAGGAGAGCUCCCUGGAUGCUGCCGCCGACUUCCGCUCUCAGUUGAUCCAUCAGAUCUCCCGGAUGCCCUCGCAGCCUUGCUCGCUCCCACCAAGCUUCUUAACCUCCUUCCUCCGCCGUUGCUUCCCGCGGGAGCUGGAGCAAGUCGACUUUCCCCAGGGCUUGACUGCGUUGGACUACGCAAAGGACUUGGAGACCCGCUGGAAGAAAGAGAUGUCCUUGGCCCUGCAGCGAUUGAACAUUGGGCGCGAGGAUGCAAAGAACCCGAGCCACUCCGAGCUAGCCUUGAAGUAUCCCGGAGUCAUGGCUUGGCUCGAGUCAGUCAACGGCAAGGCCCGCACUCUUGAGGCCCUGUACACCCAAGUCUACAUCGGCCUGCGUCGCUGGAUGAUUGUUAACGAGGUCCUUCUUGAGCCGCACAACAAACCCAACCAUAUUGCCAUGCUCAAUACCCUCUACCCUCCCAUCUCGCCUGGGGCGGCGACUCCCCCCCCCCAGUUGACCUAUCAAAUUCUCAAAAUGCACCGGGAAGCGUACUUUAAGAUCAUCAACAAUGCCAGCACGCGCGGUACAGACGCGGUGUACAAAAUCAUCCACCAAGGCGAGCCUGAAGAGGCUCAGAGCGUGUGGCCUUUGGUCCAUGAAGCUUUGGAAAACUACCUGAACUUGGUCAACGAGGUGAUUGAUGAGUGCGUCUUGGUCAACGAGCCCGCUCACCUCGACGGACCCGGCAGCCCCUACCGCAGCAAGAGCCGCAAGGUCGACUCGGGCUGCAGCUUUGGCUCCUCUGGAACCGGAACGAAUGUCAACGCGGAAGGUGUCAUGGAGAAGCCCCUCCCCCAGUUCCCCAUUCCUAAGGACAAGGAGAGCUCAAGCAAGGGGUCGGUCUUGGAACGCCUCUCCCGUGAAAUACGCUCCCUGGGCCCCGCCGCAAAGCUCCGCAACCUCAGGAAGAUGAAGUCCACCACCGCCCUCGCUCGGCCUGGCAGCCAGCACAGCUCCAUCCAAAGCUCUUCCAUCUUUGACAUCUCCGAGGCCAAGCGCGAGCGCCUCAUCCGUGACGCGUACAGUCGCAAGAAUUCCCAGUCCCAGGUGUCGACCACCGACGGCCAGUAA